AUGACAAGAGAUUCGAAACCAAAGCCGAAGCUGCCUGUGCAGCAGCUGGCAAUUCUAGCCGUCGCCAGAUUUGCAGAGCCUUUGGCCUACACCUCCGUCUGGCCCUAUCUCCCUGAGAUGAUCCGGGGUUUCGGUGUCAAGCGUGACCAAGUGGCAAAAUGGGCCGGUGUCACAUCCUCCGUCUUCUCCGUCUGUCAAAGUAUCACAGCCGUCCCAUGGGGCAAGGCUUCAGACAAGUUUGGCAGAAAGCCUGUGCUCAUCUAUGGACUCAUCAGCACCAUGAUUUGCUUCAUCAUAUGGGGCUUGUCAACGAGUCUCACCAUGGCCAUUACUGUUAGAGCAAUCAUGGGCGGUGGCAACGGCAAUGUUGGCAUCAUUAGAACGAUGGUGGCUGAAAUGGUCACUGAAAAGGAGCUCCAGCCGAGAGCCUUCUCCAUCAUGCCUCUGGUCUGGUCUCUUGGAUCCGUCGUCGGGCCCGCCUUUGGAGGGUUCUUUGCUCAACCAGCCAAGCAGUUUCCCGGCGUCUUCGGCGACAUAGAGCUCUUUAAGAAAUUCCCCUACCUUUUACCAAAUCUCCUGGCUACUGUUUUCUUCCUCAUCUCUGCUGCCAGCGCGACCUUUUUCCUGAAGGAAACGCUGGCCGACAAGAAGGAACACAAGGACUGGGGACUCUUGGUUGGGGAACGCCUCACGCGACUUAUUCGCCGGAAGCCGCAGGUCAUUUCUCAGCGCCGCAUGUCCUUUGUCGACGGAGAGGCUACUGCACCGCUCGUUCCGAGCAGAGUGACGCCCAAGAAAGCCACCACGCCAAAGCAUCCCCCUACUGGAAUGAAGGAGGUGUUUUCCCGCCAAACCACGAUCAAUCUGAUUUCAUACACCUUUUUGGCUUUCCACUCGGUUGCCUAUGACCAAAACAUCACCGUCUUUUUGGAUUACCCCGUCAUUCCUCGAACUCCUGAGAAUACAAAGUUCCCCUUUUACUUUACUGGUGGCUUUGGACUUAGCUCAGGUACCAUUGGAACACUCUUCACCAUCUACGGCAUUACUUGCGGAUUAAUCCAGUUCCUUAUUUAUCCGCCAAUGGUUAACCGCUAUGGUGUUUUGAACUGCUUCAAAGUAGUUUCUGUCUUGACGCCAUUCGUCUACCUCAUCACCCCCUACACCUCUCUGCUCCCCACCCCUGCGACGCGGUUUGCCGCCAUCCUCACGGUCAUGAUGAUCAAGGCUUUUGCCAUCAUCAUCGCUUUUCCCUCCACGACCAUCCUCCUCACCAACUCUGCCACGUCCCUUCGCAUCCUUGGCACACUUAACGGGUUUGCCACCAUGUUCAGUGGCCUUGGACGAGCUGUCGGCCCUGCCUCCACUGGAUGGGCGUUCUCCUGGGGUGUCGAGCACGGUUACAUCGUCUCAGCGUACUUCUUCCUGGGCAUCAUCUCCGCUAUUGGUGCCAUCCCCGUCUUCAUGAUCGUGGAAGGACAGGGACCCACAGCGUCGGCGGAUAACAGCGACAAUGAAGACAAUGAAGACAACGCAGUCUUACUCGGAGAUGAAAGCCCCGUAGACGACUAUGAGGAUGCCACAGAUGACGAGGCUACUGCAGCAUCUCCUCUCCUCGGCAGAAACCGGGGCAGCUCCUACAAAACUACGAGCACCGCAAACAAUUAA